UUAUAAAAAAAAAAAAAAAAAAAUCAUUUUUUUUUUUUUUUUUUUUAAUACUCCAUCUCUCUCUCUCUCCAUGCCAACUACAAGAACACCCAAAGAACUCAAAGCCGAUAUUCAAAAAGCGGUUCAAAUACUCGAACUAUUUACAGACCCGAACAAGGGACGUGAUGUCCAAACACUCAUUCCACCCAGUGUAUUACGAGAAGCUCAUGGUAUUGUCUUUAUUCGACUGUACCGCAUUGGUUUCAUGAUUUCCGCUAAAGGUGGAACUGGCAUUAUCAUUGCCAGACUUCCCGACGGCUCUUGGAGUGCACCCUCGGGCGUUUCCAUGUCCUCUGUCGGAUUCGGACACCAAGCAGGAGGAGAAGUUAUUGACUCCAUUAUUGUUAUGAACUACCGUGCAGCCGUCAAGGCCUUCUUUGAUGGUGGAGGACAACUUCAAUUAGGUGUGGGGGCUUCUUUAGCUGUAGGUCCCAUGGGUCGUGCAGCGGAUAUUUCUGCUUCUGCUGCCAAUACAAGUCAUAUUGCUGCCACAUAUGCUUACUCGGCUUCUAAGGGACUCUAUAUGGGUUAUUCAUUUGAAGGUAGUAAAAUAUCAGAACGGGUGAAUACCAAUGCCGCCUAUUAUGGUCGACCCAUUACUGCUCGAGAUAUCUUGACUGGUACUGUACCCCCACCCCAAGAUGCCGCAAGACUCUAUGAUAUCUUGAAUUCCUUGGGUGCGGGUCCUCGUCCUGGUCUACCCUUUGCCUCUCAGAAAUCAAAGAGAACACAGAGCAUGAACUUGAAUUCGUCUACCGCCACCACCACCUCUGGAAGACCUUCUCCUGCUGCUAUAUUACCACCGCCUGUAAAUUAUGCUAAUCGACCACCUACCACUGCAGAUGGAUUUGAAGAACCUCCACCACCCUAUCAACCGAACGAGUCGAAUGGAUACCAUGUCACAUCACCACCACCAGCAGCAGCAUCAACAGCACCACCACUAACUACACCAACAACAACAAAGGAAUCCUCGUCAUUUCAACAAGCGUAUUUAAGCACAGGUACUGGAUCACACCAGCAUCAUCCAACCUAUCAACCGUCAUCGUCUUACCAAGCAAGUUAUGAACCCAAUGAUAUGGACAGUAAAGGAAAGGGAGCUAAUCGAUCCAUGUCAUCAUUAUCAUCACCGGUGGUUGUAUCACCUUCUCCUCCAGUUGGGACGGACAUUAAAAAACCUUUCCCUUUAGCUAAAGAGAAGGAGGAGGAGGAACCGAUGACGGUGGUGGUGGCGAAAUAUGAUUAUCACGGCGAUUCCCCCUCAGAUUUACAGUUUUCAGCAGGCGAUCAUAUUAUUGUGAUAAAACGUUUAGAGGAUCGACAGAGUUGGUGGGAAGGAGAGAUUGGAACGCGAAGAGGGUUUUUCCCUGCUAAUUACACACAAGAUUUAGAGUAGCAUCAUAUUUUAUUUUUUUAUAUAUAUAAUUAAUAAUAAAGAAGAAGAAGAGAAAAGGGAAGAAAAAAAA